AUGGAUAACAAGGAAGACGUCCACGAGGAACGCUCCCACUCCCACCACGACGAACACCGCCGUCCCUCGGACCCUCAGGAACGCGUAAACAACUACCAUCAACGCGUGCGCAAUGGUAGCUACGGGCACCCAGAGGACGAGUUUAUAGGGCCCCAGAUGAGCCGCGACGACGCCCUCAGGAAGAUGAAGACGGCCGGUUCAAUUGCCAUGUCGCCCGAGCUGUUCGAGAAGCUCUAUCUGUCCCCACAGAAUAAUGUGAAAGGGGACCUGCGCAAGACCUUUGGCAACCCGACUCCAAUCGCCAUUGUCGGAUUCCUCAUCUCACUGACGCCUCUCGCAUGUGACUUGAUGGGAUGGAGGGGAGCAGCCCGCACUGGUGCGGCGGGCAUCGGAGCAUACUACUUCUUUGGCGGUCUCCUCAUGUUCGUCGGCGGCCUCCUCGAAUGGGUCCUCGGCAACACCUUCCCCUCCGUCGUCUUCUUCACCUUUUCCGCCUUCUGGUUCACCUUUGGCGCGACCCUCACCCCCUCCUUCGCCUCCUUUUCGUCGUAUGCCCCCACGAACGCGACGUCUGGGGCCGAGGGAUUGAAGACGCGGGGGUUCAAUGCCAGUUUCGGCUUCAUCACACUUGCCAUGGCCUUGAUCUGCCUCGUCUUCCUCGUCUGUUCCCUCCGCACAAACAUUGUCUUUUUCGUCAUCUUCCUGACGCUCGUCGUCACUUUCUCUUUAAUCACGGCCGCGUACUGGUGGCUCGCCAAGGAUUACACUGGGAAUGCUGCCUACGCCGCGAGAUUACUCGAGGGCGCUGGCGCUUGUGCAUUCGUGACAUGUGCUGCUGGCUGGUGGCUCAUCCUUGCCAUCCUCUUAGCUUCGCUAGACUUUCCCUUGGAGCUUCCCGUUGGAGACCUUAGCAGAGUAAUUCGGGGAAAGAGUGAAAAGAGCAAGGUUUGA